UGCUAGCUAGCUAGCAUGCUAGCUGGAGCAACUCCUGAAUGUUUUGAGAACAACGAACAUCAUCUGAAAUAACGUGUUUGGUUUUUCACGAUGUGUCUGAACAAACGUCCUGUAGUAAACACUGUGUCCGUCCCGGUCCAUUGAGUCUGAAUCCUGCUGAGCUCAGCCUGUGUGUGUCUGCGGGUCGAGCUAACGGCUAGCGGCUAAGCUAGCUGGUCAGCUGACUCCCUCACGUGACAGCCUCCGGUUCAGCCGCUGCUUCCCGGUGCUGCGGAGAGACUUCAGGAGCCCGGUUGUCCUCGGAGGACACCGUCAUGUCCCCGGUAGUUCACAGUUCUCUCGGGCCGGAGGAGGAUUCCUGAGCUAACGAUGCUAACGAUGCUAACAGCCCAGUGAGUCCGUCCAGAGAGCCGACGUGUGGUUCACUCCAGCAGAGGUUUUUUUUCGUCUUCACUUCCUCAAACAGCUUCCAACAUGACUCCCGAGGGGAAGAAGCUGCUGAACAUCAUCAUCCUGGGCUUCGGCUUCAUGUUCAUGUUCACUGCUUUUCAAACAUGUGGAAACAUAGAGCAAACGGUUCUGAAGAGCUUCAACAGCACCGAGUUCCACGGGAGCGGAUACACCAGCAUGGCCAUCAUCUAUGGAGUUUUCUCUGCGUCCAACCUCAUCGCUCCGUCAGUGGUGACCAUCAUUGGACCACAGCUCUCCAUGUUCUUCAGUGGGCUUCUGUACAGCGGCUACAUCGCUAUGUUCAUCUACCCGUACACGUGGAGCUUCUAUACAGCGUCGGUGCUGGUUGGAGUAGGAGCAGCAGUGCUCUGGACGGCGCAGGGAAACGUGCUCACCAUCAACUCCACUGACAACAACAUCGGAAGAAACAGCGGCAUAUUCUGGGCUCUGCUGCAGUGCAGCUUGUUCUUUGGAAACCUCUACAUAUACUUUGCCUGGCAUGGACACGUUCACAUCACAGACAAAGACCGGCAGACGGUUUUCAUCUCUCUGACGGUGAUCAGCCUGGUCGGCUGCUUCCUCUUCUUUCUGAUCCGGAGGCCGGACCCCGAGUCGUCCCCCCCCGAGGUCACAGAGUCGCUGCUGCAGGCCGAGUCCACAGAGACUUCCACUGACACCUCACCUCACUCCGGCCUCUGCUCACAGGCUCUGGAUGCUUUCAUUCAAGCAUGUAAGAUCUCUGUCACCAAAGAGAUGCUGCUGCUGAGCUUCUGCAUCGCAUACACAGGCUUGGAGCUCACGUUUUACAGCGGCGUGUACGGGACGUGUAUCGGCGCCAUGACGAGGUUCGGCAAAGAUGCAAAGAGUCUGAUUGGCAUCUCUGGGAUUUUCAUCGGCAUCGGCGAGAUCUUGGGAGGGGGCGUGUUUGGGAUGCUGAACAAGAACAACCGGUUUGGGAGGAACCCGGUGGUGCUGCUGGGACUCAUCACUCACUUUGUGGCUUUCUACCUGAUUUUCCUGAACAUUGCCAGCGACGCUCCGCUGGCCCCGGAGGAGGGAACCGACCUGCAGGCCUUCAUCACCCCGAGCGUUGCCGUGGCGAUGCUCUGCAGCUUCCUGCUGGGUUUGGGCGACAGCUGCUUCAACACGCAGCUGCUCAGCAUCAUCGGCGUCAUGUUCCGCGACAACAGCGCUCCGGCCUUCGCCGUCUUCAAGUUCAUCCAGUCCAUCAUGGCCGCUCUAGCCUUCUUCUACAGUAACUACCUGCUGCUGCACUGGCAGCUGCUCAUCCUGGUCCUGUCGGGUUUUCUGGGCACGAUUUCGUUCUUCGUGGCCGAGGGGUGGGCCGAGUCCAGCCGGCGGGCAACUGACUACGACAGCAUCUGAUCUGGUCCCAGUGAAGAAGAGGAGGGCACAGCAGUGAUUGGCUCUGUGCAGCCGGGAGGAGGAAGGUCUUCUCACUGACACGGUUUGGUUUUCACAGAUCCUCUCGAUCUGUGCUGCUGGAAAACCAAACAUUCCUCUUGAGCCCAACAUUUAUCUGAACUGAAUCCAAAGACAGAGCGAUUGUGUGAACUCCAGAUUUAUCAUAAAGUUCAUCCCUGGUUUUUCUUUUCUCGUAUCGCAGCCUGAUUCCUCUCCACUCCACACGCGGCUCAAAACACAUCAGAGAGCUUCACUGUUAAACUGGUGACAUCACCACUAACACACACACUCACACACUGUGGUUUAUUCUGACACACAGCCACGAAAAAUACACAAAUUAAACUAAAUACCUGUGAGGUGUUUUUAAGAAUGUAAGUGUGAUUGGAGAGCUGAGGUUAGUGCAAAAGAAAGUGAACUUCCUGGAUUUUACUUUGUUUAUCCACAUUUGCUCCAAAUUCUUCCUCGGUUAUUUUCUCACCCUUCCACAAAAAUUCACUAAAAAACCGCUUUGCCUUUUUCAGUUUGGUCCAUGUCCCAUCUGCUGACAUGGAGGAGGCAGGGUCACGACCUGCCGGGGGGGGCGACUGAGAUACUUUGGAGCUGUCAUGGCGUCCAUGUGGACUCGGGUUUGACUGAGCUGGUUCUCUUUAGUCACACAAUGGUGUUUUUUCCUCUUUCAUGGGAUUUAAUAAAAGUUUAAAAUAGAAUAAUUCCUGAUGCUCACAUUAAUAUGAUCCAGCUUUGAUAGUCUCUCCUCCCAACGUCUGACACAUUAUUCUUCUUCCCUCUGAAGCUCCAGAGACACAAAUACUAAGAUUCAGCCGUGUAGUGUUUCUACUGUUCGUCCUUCUUUUCAUCUCCUGUCACAAACAUCACAGUUUCAAUAGAACUUCAGCGAUGUGACACCUGACGAGCAGUUUAAAGAGAAACACCCUCAGGAAACUGAAUCUUUUAAUAGUGUAAAUCCAUUUCACCUUCGCUCUUUUGUUUUGCUGGUUUUCCUGUUUGUCUGGUUCCUCAUGAGACACAGAGUGCAACGUGACCUCAGUUGUGAUCAGAUCCAGAUCGACUGUGUUCCAGGAAACCUCUGGUGUCACAAGUGGACGACUUCACUUGGUUCAGAUUAAAUAAACCGAGGCUGUUUGGCUCGAGCCCGAGAGACAGAAGAGUCCGUCCUCGUUUACAGUCGAACACGUUCAUCUUCCUGAAGGGAUUCACCAAACAAAACCUUCACUUUUAUCUGUUUGUUUUAUUUCACUUUGCCACAGAGCUGCUGCCGCGGCUGCAGAUUCAGUCUUUUCUUUUUAAUCUCCAGCGUUGUACGAACAUUCCCCCCCCCACCCUCUCUCCUGUCACUCUGAUGCUGAACACGGGCGAGUCCACGUGUCGUCUUGUCUCAUGUUGUGGUGCAAAAAACAAAUGAUGCUGUAGUUUUUUUAUUCUUUCUUUAAAGUGUCAUGCUCUAUAUGACAUCACAUAUUUUGGGUUAUAGUCAAAUAAAACAUGAGACUUUUGGUUUGCACACGUUUUAUUUUAUGUCCCAAAUCAAAUCUCCAGGAUAUUAAGGGAACUGCAUGUGAAUUUUGAAGAUGAUUUUAUACUUGAAUGUAAUAAUGACCCCCCAACCUUCGCUUGCUUGUUUUUAUCACCAAUAAAAUGUCAUUUUGAACAUAAA